GUUGUUUAGGACGCAGUAAACUGUAAACUUCGCAGCAGGAUAAAUGGACAGGGCCAAAGGUUAGCGACUUCUACUGCUUCGCCCGUUCGGGUGUUGCUUUCAAGAAGAGACUCUAGACAGGAAGGCGGUUAGGGCCUACCCGCGUUGCAAGAUGUUUUCACGAAGAGUUUUUGGCGGGACACCAGACUCCUUCAAGCUGGUGCUGGAGUAUGGACGCGAGAAUACAAAGGCCCCGAUGCUCGGGCAGGUUCGCCUGCCGAUGGCGCUUGCCACGAGCGAGGUCACCUGGAACAGCGAGGAGACCGUGGAGUCCGUGCUGGAGCGCUUCACCCAAGCCAAGUCCCGGGUGCAGCUGGACCGCGCAGAGGAGCGCCUGCUGGUCAAACUGACGCCGUCACCACACGGCGGCGAUCGCGUGUCGCUCAAGCUGUCGGUCGCAUGCCUGGCGCCGGCGCUGCGCUGCGUGCAGGUCGUGCGGGUGACGAACUCGGGCAAUGUGUCGGAGCCGCUGCUGGCCGCGCUGUUCAAGCACUGCGACCUGUCGGGCGUGUGGAAGCUGCGCGGCGCCGAGGGAUUCGGCAACUUCUGGUGCAGCUGCUGCGAGGUGGGCUCCUGGGCCGCGCUGGCCAACAUGAACCUGUCCUCCUGCGGCCUCACCGCGCUGCCCGCCGCCGUGGGCGCGCUGGGCUCGCUGCGCAUCCUGCGCCUCUCCCACAACCGGCUGGCCUCGCUGCCGCCCGAGCUGAGCGGCCUUAGCAGCCUGGAGGUGCUGGCGGCAGACCACAACCUGCUCACAGCGCUGCCGGCCGAGCUGCGGCGCUGCUCCGCGCUGCGGCACCUGGAGCUGGAGGGCAACCGGCUGGCCACGCCCGUGCUGGACCUGCGCGCGCUGAGCGGGCUGGUGAGCCUGCAGCUGUACGGCAACCCGCUGGAGUACCUGCCCGAGCUGAGCCCCGCCUCGGCGCUGAGGUCGCUGAGCCUGGCCAACGUGCGCAUCAUGGCGGACGCAGCCUACACCCGGUGGGAGGUGGAGGUGGCGGCGCUGCCCUACAUGUCGCGUGUGAGCCACAAGCUGGCGCCGCUCUUCAAACUCACCUUCCGCCGCAGCAGCUGCCAGCACCCGCUGCUGGCGGGAGCGCUGGGCCGCAUCAGCGAGGACCGGGCCCAGUGCGAGCUGAUGGCGCGCGAGGAGACGGCCAUCCAGCAGCUGGUGCUCAUGGCACUCAGCGAGGCGCCCGUGGUGGCGGAGCAGGCCUGCAGGACGCUGGGGGCGCUGGCGGCGCUGGGGCUGGGCACGGCGCGCAGGCUGCUGGCGCACGACGUGCUGUCCACCAUCCUGACGCUGCUGCGCUCCCCCCGCCGCGCCUCCAAGCUGUGCGGCCUGGGGCUGCUGUCCUCCCUGGCCGCCGCCUCGGAGGCCGUGGCCGCCGAGCUGCUCAGCCGCGAGCUGCUGGCACUGCUGGCGGACUGCGUGGCGGCGGCGGAGCCGGACGCGCGCGCGGCGGCGCUGUCGGCGCUCGCGAACCUGGCGUUCUGCCGGGAGAACAAGGUCAAGAUCCGGCAGGCGGAGGGGCUGGUGGGGCGGCUGGUGGAGCUGGCGACGGCGGGGGCGGCGGGCGGGACAGGAGGCGCGGCGGCGGAGGCGGCGGGUGUGGAGCGAGGCGGCGGCGGCGUAGGUGGUUUGGAGUCGGCGGGUGCGGGUCUGGGGUUGGGCGAGGCGGCUGGCGGGGAGCGGGCGCAGGCGCUGUCACGCCUGUCUGAGCAGCAGACCCUGAUAGCGCGGCAACAGCAGCUGCUUCAGGCGCCGGCGUCCCUAGGGGCUGCUGCCGCUGCUGCUGCUGCUGCUGCUGCUGCUGCUGCUGCUGCUGGGGGCGCCGGAUCUGAUGUGUCAACAGGUCUGGUGGUGAACAGCCGUGGCAGCCCUGUGCAGCAGCCCACGCCCUCGCCACCAACAUCGUCAGCUUCGGCGGCGCCGGCGCCGGGUCGGAAGCCCGCGGCCGCCGCCACGGCGGGACAGCUGCAUCAGCAGCUGGUUAGCGCGGCGCAGACGCCCGGCACCGGCACCGGCACCGGCAUCGCCACUUUCACCCUCCCCUCCGGCGCCGCCGCCUCCACCUCUGCCUCCACGCCGCUAUCCGCCUCGCGGCCGCUCUCCGGCAGCUCAGCUGCACCGCCCCCACCACCGCAGCAACAGCCGCCGCCAACGCCGCCCGCGCCGGCGGCCGUGCGUAUGCCCAUGCGUGCGCCUGGCUCAAACGCGGGCGUUUCGGGCGAGGGCGGCGCGGGGCGGAUCAGCGACACGGGCGCCGCGGCCUUCUCCGCGCUGCUCGGCUCGCCGCCGACUGCCUCCACCUCCUCCGGCGGCGGCUUCCUGGCGCGCCACUCCGCCGCCCUGAUGUCCACGUCGCCCAACUCCGCCUCCGCCGGCGGCGCGGGUGUGGUGGGAGUCGGCGGCGGCGGCGGCGUCAGUGGCGUCAGCGGCGGCGGUGGCGUGGGGACGUCAUCAUCAGGGCACGGCAUGUCUGUGGGCGGCGGGGCGGCGGGAGGGGAGGUGCUGUCGCCUCCGCAGUCCAGCCGGCCGCUGCACCACUCCGCCUCCACGCCCGCCGCAGUCAACCUACUCGCCUCUGCCUCCGCCCUAACCAGCGGCGGCGGAGCCGCCGCCCCAACCGCCACCACAAGCACCACCACCAGUGCAGCUAUCGCCACGGGCGUGACGGCGGUGUCGCCCGCGCGUGUGGCCACUGGCAGCGGGUACGGCAGCGUCAGCAUGUCGGGGCUGCCGUCUGGCGUCAUGUCGCCGACGUCGCCGCCGGCGGCCUCGGACGCGGCGACGGCGGCGGCGCUGGCGGGCGGGCUGCCGGCGGCCAUCGCGCUGGCGCCGCCGCGGCGGGUGCCGGAGGUGGUGGCGGCUCAGGAGCCGUCGCGGCUGCUGGCGAUCAAAGUGCUGGCCAUUCUGGGCGAGAACGAGGUGGUGGCGCGGGCGGUGGGCACGCCACCCAUUCGCGGCCGGGGGCUGCGGGUGUUGGCUCUGGACGGCGGCGGCAUGCGCGGUCUGGCGCUGGUGCAGAUACUGAGGCACAUUGAGAAGCGCACGGGCCGCCCCCUGCACGGCCUGUUCGACCUGGUUGUGGGCACCAGCACGGGCGCCAUCGUGGCGGUGGGGCUGGGCGUGUUCCACUUCAGCCUGGACCAGUGCGAGGCCAUCUACACCGGGCUAGGGCACAAGGUGUUCAACCAGGCCGCCGCCAAGUCUGGCGCGGCCACACCACGUGAGGAGCUGGCCAUGGCGGCGCAGGCGCAGGCGGCGGCGCAAGCCGCAGGCGCCGCCGCCGCCGCGGCGGCCGCCGCCUCCGGCGGCGGCGCAGCCGCUGCCGCUGCCGCUGGCGGCGCCGGCGCCGGCGCUGAGGGCGGCUGGCGUGACAGCCUGUUUCGUGUGGUGCGUGGCACAAGCACCAGCCUGCGUGUGGCUGUGUACGGCUUCAAACACGACGCCAGCACGUUUGAGGAGCUGCUGCGCCAGAUGUGCGAGGUCAAGAAGCUGGGCUGCGUGGGCAACCAGAUGAUCGACGCCGCGGCUCUGGGCGGCCCCAAGGUGGCGGCGGUGGCCACACUGGUGUCGGUGUGCCCCGUCACGCCCUUCCUCUUCACCACCUACGAACUGCCGCCAGAGGUGGAGCCGCUGGCGGCGGCGCUGCGGGCGGGGCCCGCCUCAAGCCGCCACCUCAUCUGGCAGGCUGUCCGCGCCUCCUCCGCGGCGCCCUACUACCUGGACGACUUCCUGUGCGGCGAGGACAGGUUCCAGGACGGCGCCGCCACCGCCAACAACCCAGGCAUAUUGGCGCUGCAGCAGGCGCGGCUGCUGUGGCCCAACACGCCCGUGGAGGCGCUGGUGAGUGUGGGCUGUGGUGCGGCCCCCAGUGUGCGGCGAGAGAAGGGCGCACACGCCAUGCUGGACACGGGGGCGGUGCUGGUGGACGCAGCCACCUCGCCAGACAGGGCCGACGAGGCUCUGUCCACGCUGCUGCCGCUGGUGCCCGGCUGCCGAUACUUCCGCUUCCAGCCGGUGCACGAGCGCUGCGCCAUGGAGCUGGACGACGUCGACCCCGCGCACUGGGCGGCGCUGCAGGCUGCUGUGGACGACUACUGCGGGGUCCACGGCGACCGCUUCGACGACCUCGCCAGCCUGCUGCUCACAGCGCUGCCGCCGCAGCCACACGAGCUGGAGGCGGCAGAAGCAGCAGCGGCGGCAGCGGCAGCGGCGGCAGCAGAGGCUGCGGGAGAGGGGGAGGAGGGGGAGCAGGGCGGCGAGGAGGAGGCGUGGGAGGCGGCAGGCGCGGGGGGCUCGGCGGGCGGUGCGCUGGGGCCGGAUGGUCUGCCGCUGUCACGUGUGCCGCGCAUCAGGCUGGGGCCGCGGCGCGGCUUCAUGCUGCUUGAGGCGCCGGAGCCGGAGGCGGACACACCCGCGGCCGCCACGAUUGCAUCGCCGUCGUCUGGGCCCACCGGCGUCUCGGCGGCUACAGCCUCCGGCCAGUCAUUGGCCCCCUCGUCCGCUAGCAGUCGUGGCGGCGGCAGCGGCGGCGACAGCUCGGGCCGGUCGCGUCCACCCCCAGCGUACCAGGCGGCGGUGGAGGCGGCGGUGCUGGAGGCGCUGUCUCGGCAGCCGCACCUGGUGCGCCGCUGUGACGUGGCGGCGGCGGCGGCGGACGACGCGCUCUGCUCCUCACUCGUGAGCAGCCACCUGCAGCGGCUGCAGCAGCAGGCGCAGGAGGAGGAGGAGCUGGAACGGGAAGAGCGGGAGCGGGCAGCCACUGCCGCGGCGGCGGCGGCGGCGGCGGCCGCGGAGGGGGAGGUAAAGGAGGAGGGCGCGAGCAGCAGUGGUGCGGUGGGAGUGACGGCGGUUGCAGAUGGGAUGCCAGCUGGGGCCGACGCGGCAGGUGCGCACUCUGUGGCACACAGGCACCUAGGUGCCGGCGACGUGGCCUCACCCUCUAGCCGGACCGCUGACGCGUCGACACCGAUGGCGUCCGCCUCUGUUGCUGCUGCUGCCGCGGCUGCUGCCGCCGUUGCCGCGGCUGCUGACAGCAGCAGCGGCGGCCAGGCCGCAGGUGCUGGGGUGGUUACCGGCGGCGGCGCGGGUGGAGCGGGCACGGGGCCGGCGCGCUCGGGUCACAGCCUGCUGUCGCCGCGUGGCAGCAACUUCAGGGGCUGGUCCUCGCUGUCACGCGGCGGCGCGGCAGGAGCGGCCGCGGGCCUGCCGGGCAGCGGCAGUGGCGGCAUGGAGGACGCGGCGGCGGAGGUCGCGACAGCCGCGGCGGGGACUGGGGUUGCAGACGCGGCGGCAGAGGCCGCGGCGGUGGCGGCGCAUGACGGCGGUGGCGGCGGCAGCACCGCGUCCGCGGCGGCGGCGGCGGCGGCGCAGCCGUCAUCGCUGUUUGAGUACUUCUUCGGCAACACCGGUAGCGGCGCCAGCACCAGCAGUGGUGGCGCGAGCGCCGCUAAGAAGCCCGCUGCCAUGCCGGCGGCUGGGGCCGCAGGUGGGGCCGCAGGUAGUGGGGUCACGGUGGCACCGCCUUCGGGCGGCGGCGGCGGCGGCAGCGGCGGUGCAGGAGCCCCGCACGCGACGCCAGCCGUGCCGCCGCUGCCCCUGGCCCGGGUCACUGGAGCUUCAGCAGGCGGCGGCGGCGGCGGCGGCGUUGCGGCAUCUGCAGUCCCAGGGAGGGCCGGUGACGGCGGCGGUGGCGGCGGCGGUGGCGGUGGUGUUGCUCCCUCGGCACGCCCGCUGCAAGGUGAGGCUGGCAACGCCAGCAGCUCCGUCUCGCCGCUACUUCUCUCCACGCCGCACACCGCCGCCGCUGCCGCCAGCGGCUCACUCGCAGCUGCCGCGCGGCCGCCGGCGGGCCCGCCGCCGCCGCCGCGGGCCGCGCUGCUGCUUGGCGCGCUGCUGUCGGACGCCACGGAGCGCUGCGGGCUGCUGCACCUGUCGCUGCCCGUGGCCGCAGUGCCGGCAGCAGCAGCAGCGGCAGCGGCAGCAGCAGCAGCAGCAGCGGCUGUGGGCGAGGCUGGGGGCGAGGGCCGGGGCGGCGGCCUGCCUCUCCUGGGGUCUGGGGAGGGGGACGAGGGGGAGGGGGAGGGGGAGGAGGGGGAGGAGGAGGAGCUGGCGCUGGUCACAGGCUGGCGGCAAGACGUGGUCGCUGUGGUGGAGCCAGGCCCCGACGCCGACCUCAUCCUCCGGCGCCUCGGCCACGCACACGCCCGCACCUCCGCCUCCACCUCCGCACCCACACCCACUCCCGCACCCACGCUCAGCUCGCUCUUCUCCGCCGCGCCCGGCGCCUGUCUGCUGGAUGCGCGGCGCUGCGUGCGCUACCGCCAGCUCGCCAGGCAGGAGGUUUGGCACGGCGGCCGCCAGCUCGCCACGCUGCUGCUGCAGGUGACGCGGCCGGCGGCGGCGCUGCGGCCGGCGGCGCUGGCGGCGCUGUCGCGGGAGCUAGGCGGGCUGGUGGUGACGGCGGCGGCGCCGCUGCCGGCCGCGGUGACGGCUGGGCUGCUGCGUGCGGGCGCCCGGGCAGUGGUGUGUCCGGACCGGCCACUGGUGGGCCCAGAGGUGCUGGGGGCGUUGGGGAGGGAGCAGGGGCGGGAGGAGGGGCAGGGGGAGGGGGAGGGGGAGGGUGUGGGUGCGAUGGCGGCGGUUGGCGUGCCGCAGCUGGUGGCGGCGCGGGAGAGCAUCAGCUUCGGCGGCGCUACGCCAGGGGUGCAGGAGCUGCUGGCGAGGCAAGGAAAGCACGAGCGUACGGGCGGUGUAGGGCACACGAGGGACGAGGGAGGGGUGGGUGCGGCGGCGGCGGUGACGGCUGAGGCGGCGGCGGCGUUCUACGGUGUGCUGGUGCGGGAGAUGACGUGCAGGGGCGCCAGCGUGGUAGAGGCCAUUGCGGCGGCGGAACGGAGCUGCCCGGCGCUGCGGGGUCGGGUGGCGCUGCACCACCUGUGAGGGGCUGUGUGAGGGGCUGUGUGGGAGGCUGUUGAGUGGAGGAGGGCUUCCUCGCGGUGCCGCAGGAGGAUAGCGGUGUCCAGAGCGGUGUCGUCAGGUGAGCAGGGGGACAGCACACAGAGGCGACAGAGCAGUGUAAGUAACAUGUGCC